AUGGCCCCAGGCGCUCCCGGGAUUCUUCCACGCUGGACCUCCAGCGCGAAGGAUGGGGUUGGGACCGCACUUGGCCCGGGCAGCCGUGUUUGGUUUACGCAUAGUCACGGCAUUUUGAACGAAGUGUAUUCGCCGCGGAUCGAUCAGGCUUGCAUUCGCGACCUGGGUCUGAUUGUCACCGAUGGUCAGAAGUUCUUUUCCGAGGAGAAGCGGCAUACCAAUACGCAGGUUGAACGCCUCGCUCCGGGAGUUCCAGCCUAUCGACUCAUCAAUCAAUGCAAACAAGAUCGCUACGUGAUCGAGAAAGAGAUUUUCGCCGAUCCAACGCGUGACACGGUCUUGCAACGCAUCGUGUUCCAAGCCAACGCAUCAGCCGAUGCAUCGCCCUACAGACUCUAUGCACUGCUGGCCCCGCACCUGAAGAAUAAUGGCUCGGACAACACGGCCUGGGUCGGUGACUACAAAGGCCAUCCUGUGCUGUUCGCAGAGCGUGAUGGAACCGCCCUGGCUUUGGCGUGUUCGGCCGGCUGGUUGAAUCGGUCGGUUGGCUACGUCGGCUCUUCCGAUAGUUGGCAGGAUUUGUCUCGCAACAAGAGGAUGACCUGGUUCUAUGAGCGCGCAGGGGAAGGGAACGUUGCGCUGACCGGUGAAAUCCCGCUGGUGGGGGCAACGCCGCUGACCAUGGCACUUGGUUUCGGCCGCAAUGGAUCCGAAGCAGCCCUGCGAGCCAUCAGCUCUCUGGAAGAUGACUAUGAGGAACUCCGGCAACAAUAUGUCGAUGAAUGGACCGAGUGGCUCGAUGCACAAUCGCCACUUCACGAAGUUUGCCCCAUCGACGAUCGAGAAGCCUGCGUCGAUCGCUUUCGCAUCAGCGCCUCGGUGAUUCGCUCGCACGAAGGGAAGGAAAUCCCGGGAGCGAUCAUCGCCAGUCUUUCGAUACCUUGGGGAUUCUCAAAAGGCGAUGAUGACCUCGGCGGUUAUCACCUCACGUGGCCUCGCGACUUGGCUGAAACUGCCGGAUCGCUAGUUGCUCUUGGGGCCCACGGCGACGCGCGGCGAGUGUUGCACUACCUGCAAUCGACACAAGAGCCCGACGGGCAUUGGGCCCAAAACAUGUGGCUCGAUGGGCGCCCCUAUUGGACCGGCACUCAAAUGGACGAAACUGCUCUACCGAUCUUGCUGGUCGAUUUAGCGCGACGGGAGGGGGCACUCGAUGACCACGAGCUGAAGCGGUUCUGGCCAAUGAUUCGUUCGGCUGCCUCGUUCCUGGUCUGCAACGGGCCUGUCACGCAGCAAGAUCGCUGGGAAGAAGAUCCCGGCUAUUCCGCGUUUACAUUGGCAGCCGAAAUAAGCGCCCUGCUAGCAGCAGCCGAAAUUGCAGAGUCGCUCGGCUGUGACGAAAGCCAAACCGAGACAGGGAUCGACUGCAACUUUCUGCGCGAUACGGCCGACAGUUGGCACAGCAAUCUCGAUCGCUGGAUUUACGCCACCGACACCGACUUGGCCCGUGAGGUUGGCGUCGAAGGAUACUACGUAAGGAUCACCCCGCCCGAGACGAGCGAUGCCCCGACGCCGAUGGAAGGCUUUGUCGCCAUCAAGAACCGUCCGCCGGAACUGACCAACAUGCCAGCGGCCAGCAUCGUCAGCCCCGAUGCCUUGGCCCUGGUUCGCUUCGGGCUUAGGGCAGCAGAUGAUCCGCGGAUGGUGAAUACGGUCAAAGUGAUUGAUCAUUUACUACGAGUUGAACUCCCACAAGGGCCUUGCUGGUAUCGCUACAACGAUGAUGGAUACGGCGAGCAGGAAGAUGGUGGUCCAUUCAACGGCACCGGAGUUGGUCGGGCUUGGCCCUUACUGACUGGCGAGCGAGCCCACUAUGAGUUGGCUGCUGGCAACAUCGAGGAAGCCGAAAAGCUUCUGAAUACCUUCACGAACUUUGCCAGCGAUAGCGGAUUGCUUCCCGAGCAAGUCUGGGACGACCACGAUCUCCCCCAACACGAGCUCUUUCGCGGGCAUCCCACGGGAUCGGCAAUGCCGCUGGUUUGGGCCCAUGCGGAAUACAUCAAGCUGCUACGCUCCCUGCGCGAUGGUCAGGUGUUCGAUAUGCCACCCCAGGGAGUGCAACGGUAUCUAGUCGAGAACACAAAGUCGCCCCACCACCCGUGGCGGUUUAACCACAAGUGUCGCAGUCUGCCGCAAGGUAAAUUGUUGCGAUUGGAAGCACUCGAGCCUGCUGUUGUACACUGGUGCGCGAACGGUACAGAAAACCAAUCUUCCACCAUCGACUCGGGACUUGGCAUCCACUUCGUAGAUCUUCCGACGGGCGAGCUGCCAGUUGGUCAACGGAUCGACUUUCGCUGGUUCUGGACCGAUCGCAACGAGUGGGAAGAUGAAGAAUUCUCUGUUGAGGCAGCACUCGGCAAACCCACCAAACUGGUGAACGAUGCGGCCAUGCAGGCCCUGGGCGAUUACGAAGGAGGCCGAAUGUUGUUUCUUGGCCUCGGCACCGGUCUUGGUUCGGCCAUGAUUGUCGACGGAAUCGUCGAACCGCUCGAACUAGCUCAUUUGCCCUAUAAAAAGAAGAAAUCUUUUGAAGACUACGUCGGCAUUCACGGCUUGGAACGUCUUGGCAAGAAGAAGUGGCGCAAAGAGGUUUACGAGGUAAUCGAAGCGCUUAAAGCCGCGUUGGAAGUCGAUUAUGUUGUUGUCGGCGGUGGGAACGCGGCCCGAUUGGAGGAGUUACCUCCGGAUACCCGAUCAAUCAACGAAGGAUACAACGGAAUGAACACCGGCGAACUCUCUCCCGAUGGAAAACCCCCCGGCCCGUGCGCGAUGGUGAUCUUCGGGGCCACCGGCGACUUGACGAAGCGAUUGCUUGUGCCGGCAAUUUACAACCUGGCCCAGGCCAAGUUAUUACCGGAGAACUUCGCCAUCAUCGGUGUGGCACACCGUCCUUAUUCCAGCGAAGAAUUUGCUGAGAAGCUGAAAGAGGAUGUAAAAGCCACGGCCGCUCAUCCUAUCGAUGAUGAGAAGUGGGAUCAGGCAUUCAAGGGUCGCAUCUUCUACACCUCCGGCGAUCUGGAUGACUCAGCCACCUAUGCCACUCUAGCUACCCAACUCAAACAAAUUGACGAAGAACUUGGCACAGCAGGUAAUCACCUGUUUUACCUGGCGACGCCGCCGACGCUUUUCGAGCCAAUCGUGGGUCAUCUUGCCGAGGCCGAUCUGACCGACGAGAGCGAUUCGCCUGCAAACUGGAAGCGGGUUGUUAUCGAAAAGCCAUUCGGACACGAUCUCGAUUCGGCCCGCGCGCUGAAUCACGUCAUUACAUCGAAGCUCGACGAGAGCCAGAUCUACCGCAUCGAUCAUUACCUUGGCAAGCAAACCGUGCAGAACAUUAUGGUGUUCCGCUUUGCCAAUGGGAUCUUCGAGCCGAUCUGGAACCGUCGCUACAUUGACAAUGUCCAGAUCACGGUUGCGGAAACGGUUGGCGUCGAACAUCGCGGACCCUACUACGAUCGCGCCGGCGCCUUACGAGAUAUGCUGCCUAACCAUCUCUUUCAAAUCUUGGCGCUCAUAGCCAUGGAGUCGCCCUAUUCGUUCGAAGCCGAUGCGGUUCGCGAUGAAAAGGUCAAGCUUCUAAAGGCCCUUCGCCCAAUUCGGGCCGAGGAAGUCUUCGCCAACGCAGUCCGCGGGCAAUACGACUCCGGAGUUGUGGACGGGGAACCGGUGGUUGCGUAUCGAAAGGCUCCCCGGGUCCCACCGGAUUCGAACACGGAAACCUUCGUGGCAUUAAAGUUUGCAAUCGACAACUGGCGAUGGGCAGACGUGCCGUUCUACCUUCGCACCGGAAAGUCUCUUGCAAGACACGUGAGCGAGGUAGUGAUUCAAUUCAAACAAGCCCCAUUUCUUCCCUUUCGUGAAACUGCUAUCCAGCACUUGCGGCCCAACAGUCUGGUGCUUCGUAUUCAGCCUGAUGAAGGGAUUGCACUUACCUUUGAGGCGAAACGGCCCGGGAUCGAGGUUAAGACUGACACCGUGGAGAUGGACUUCUGCUACGCCGAGUAUUUCCAGCAGACGCCGUUUAUCGGCUACGAAACACUCUUGUUCGACUGCAUGCGGGGCGAUCAAACACUCUUCCAACGCGCCGACUUUGUCGAAGCCGGCUGGAAUGCGAUUACUCCCAUUCUCGAUGUGUGGUCGAAUUUGCCUGCCCGAACCUUUCCAAACUACACGGCUGGAAGUUGGGGGCCCAAGGAGGCCGAUGAAUUGCUGGCGAAGGAUGGCAGGAAGUGGCGCAAUGCACCUGAACCGAAGCAGCAUCAAUCCUGA